GUCACCCCGGGUCCCGGCUGGAACACAGCCAAACAAAACAAUGGAGUCCGCCUUUCCAACAGCUGCACGGCUCGGGCUCCAUGUCCCCCUCUACUCAUCGCUGCUCCUCAACGCCCUCUUCCUCGUGCACCACUUCCUCUCCGCCCCGCCGGCGCCGUCCCCACUUCUCAGCAAGGCCAACAACGGCGGCGGCGGCGGCGGCGCGCUGAGCUGGGCGCUACGGGCGGCCAGGGAGGCCGAGUCCGUGGCCAAAGCUGGAUGCUCCGGCCACGGCCGCGUGUUUCUGGAUGGCAUCGUCGGCGAGGACGGGCGGCCCGGGUGCGAGUGCAACACCUGCUUCGAAGGGCCGGACUGCUCCGCCCGGACGCCCGACUGCACCGUCGACGCCGACAGGUGACCGACUCCUCGCUCUUGAUAUGCAUGCUUCCAUUUCUCCCUCACGCCUCAGCUCGCCUUCCUUCGUUGUCGUGCAUGAUGGGCGCGCGUUGCUCACCUUGUUGCGAAGUUCUUUCUCCACUGGAAGGACACCGUUAGAUGCACAGUAAUUAUCUCCGGUUAAUGCUGAUCUGUCAUUAUUUCACCGUUCCGUUCAGUCUCCAUAAGUCACAAGGACGCCGUUAAACGCA